GAAAAAUCGCAAAUAUUCCCCUGAUAACAAAAAUUUAAUAAAAAUAUUAAUUUAAGAGCAAACAACGAUUAAUUCAAUGGAUAACGAGUCACAAAACAGUCCGUCGACACCUGACGAGCAGGUGCAAAGUGUUGAGAAGAGUAAAAAGUCCAAGAAAAAGUCGAAAAACAAGAAAUCAUCGAGUCAAGAAAUUGCAAAAACGAGUGAGGUGCAAUCACAAAAUAAUGAAAUUAAUCAGGAACAAACAGAGAUUAAUGAAGCCGGUUUUCCAAUGUCGACAAACCCAACAGAUAUGUUGAAGACAUUAAAGGCUCUAAACUUGAAUGAUGUAAUGAAAAUUGGUAAAGAUGCUGGAUCAACUAAAGUUUACAAGUUUUGGAACACACAGCCAGUUCCACAAAUGCUCGAAGAAGAGGAGAAAGUUGAUGAAACUGAAAUGCAUCAAGCGAUUGACUCUGAUAAGCAAAUCAGUGAGAUUAAACAAGAUCCAUAUUCACUUCCAGAAGGAUUUAUUUGGGAUACGCUGGAUCUCAACAAUGAAGUCACUUUAAAGGAAUUGUACACAUUAUUGAAUGAAAAUUAUGUCGAGGAUGAUGAUGCAAUGUUUCGGUUCGAUUAUCAGCCUGAUUUCUUACGAUGGGCUUUACAGCCACCUCAUUGGAGAAAAGAAUGGCAUGCUGGUGUUCGAGUAACAAAAUCUGGUCGUUUGAUAGCCUUUAUUUCGGCAAUUCCAGCAACAAUUAGGAUUUAUGAUAAACCAUUGAAAGUUGUUGAGAUUAAUUUCCUUUGUGUCCAUAAGAAAUUGCGUUCGAAACGUUUGGCACCUGUUUUAAUUCGUGAAAUCACGAGACGUGUAAAUUUAACUGGAAUUUUCCAAGCUGUUUAUACAGCUGGUGUUGUCCUUCCUAAGCCUGUAACUACGUGUCGAUAUUGGCAUCGAUCGAUCAAUCCAAGGAAGCUGAUUGAAGUGAACUUUUCGUGUCUCGCAAGAAACAUGACCAUGCAGCGUACUAUUAAACUAUACAAACUUCCCGAUCAACCAAAAACUCCAGGAUUUCGUCAAAUGACAGAAAAAGAUGUGCCUGCUGCCUUCAAGUUGCUAAUUGAUUAUCUUAAAAACUAUCAAUUGGUGCCAGAUUUUAUGGAGGACGAGUUUAGGCAUUGGUUUAUGCCAAAGAAAGACAUUGUAGAGUGUUUUAUAGUUGAAAAUGAUGGAAAGAUAACCGAUAUGGUCAGUUAUUAUGCCUUGCCAUCAACUGUUAUGCAUCACCCAGUUCAUAGACAAAUUAAAGCCGCGUAUUCAUUCUAUAAUAUCGCAACAAAAACACCCUUAAAUGAUUUGAUGCAUGAUGCAUUAGUGUCUGCUAAAAAUUUACAAUUUGAUGUCUUUAAUGCAUUAGAUUUAAUGGAAAAUCAGAAAUUCUUACAAGAAUUGAAAUUUGGUAUUGGUGAUGGAAAUUUGCAAUAUUAUUUGUACAACUGGAGAUGUCCACAAAUGAAACCAGCGAAUGUUGGUCUAAUUUUAUUGUAGAGCCGCUGCAAAUUUAAGUAGAUUCGCACCUCAUUUCUUCUAAUCAUUUUUUAUGCAUGUUAAGCGCGCUGCAUCAUUUUGAGCAAUGUUGAUGAUGCUUUAUUGGGUAAGGUUUUGAGCCUAAACAUAAUUUUUCGUAUUUGCAUUUCUCAGAACUUGUUCACAAACAAAAAAGAAUAUAGCUGUAAUGUUCUACAUUAUACACAUAACAAUAAAAAAAAUUUCAA